CGGGGGACGGCGGGCCGAGCGCCCCCGGGGAGGGCCGGGCGGCGGCGCGCCUGGAUGCCCGCCCGCCGCCGAGUGGGAACGGGCGGGGAAAGUUUCUCCUGUGCGCGCCCCGUCCGUCCAUCCGUCCCUCCCUCCGCGCCCGCACACUCUCGCAGACACACACGCGCUCACACCCCUCUCCCGCCGCCAGCGGCCGGGGGGCACUUUUGAAAGCCCUUCUGGUUCCACACCCAGCCGCCGCUGACAUCAUUCCCGCAGGAGGGCGGGCGGAGGCACCGCCGCCGCCGCCAGACGGUCGCAGCCCCGGAGAGCUGCCCGCCGGCCCGCGCCCAUUUAUCUCAGCCUAAAGCCUCCCCAGAGCAAAGAUGCUGAUUCUCCUGGCCUUCAUUAUCGUGUUUCACAUAACCUCAGCAGCACUGCUGUUCAUCUCAACUAUCGACAAUGCCUGGUGGGUGGGAGAUAACUUUUCUGCAGAUGUGUGGAGAGUGUGUACCACGAAUAGGAGCACCUGUAUGGCUAUCACUGAUGAGUUCAAUGAGUAUCAAUCAAUUCAGGCUGUUCAGGCCACCAUGAUCCUGUCUACGAUUUUCUGCUGUGUGGCAUUUCUGGUUUUCAUUCUUCAACUCUUCCGUCUAAAGCAAGGAGAAAGAUUCGUGUUAACCUCUGUUAUCCAGCUCCUGUCAUGUCUUUGUGUUAUGAUUGCAGCUUCCAUUUACACAGACAGGCAUGAAGAACUGCACCAGAGCCGUGGAUAUGUAAUGGAAGUUUCCAAAGGCCAAUAUGGCUAUUCCUUUGUCUUAGCCUGGAUUGCCUUUGCCUUUACCCUGAUCAGUGGAGUGAUGUACUUAGUAUUAAGGAAGCGUAAAUAAAUGUCAGCACCUAGUUAUUUCUGUCACUGCAGUACAAAACCAAAUUCCAGUAACCAUUUUGUAUAUAAUCAUUUACAUGGUUUUGUAGUAAAGGUAUUGUUUCUCUAAAAAUGUACUGUGUUCUUGAUAUGAAACAGAAUUAAAAAAAAAAAAAAGGCAGGUGAAAUGAAAUGUCUGGCACCUCCAGGUCAGGGGUCAGAGCAAGACAAAGCCAAGUUGUUUCUUUUACAUAUUUCAUCAUCAUAAAUGGUUUUCCUUUAUUAGACAUUAACAGUUUGUCCUGGCCUCUAGUAGAUUACAAAAGAAGCCCAUACAAAUUAAUUUGUAAGCAAUAUACUAACUGUAUUCCUGGACCAGAUAUCCCUUUGAAAUAUGUUCAAUAGAAGGGUGUGUAAAAAAACGAGGCCCAGAAGACAAUGAAAAAGUGAACAAUUCUGAAGCCCAAAGCUUCACUCAGAGCGUCUGCCCUGGCACAGGACCAGUGUUCUGCUCUUUGUAAUGUGCAGUAAGUGUCAUCAAGUUUUUAUUAAAACCACUUGCUUUACAAAAGUAAACAAGCCCUUUUUGUACUCCAGCAAAUGUUUCUCUUGAUUGUGUUUCACAUUUAAUUUAAGCACACAGAGCCUUUGGUGGGAGCACUUAUCAGCCAAUUCCCUGCUGAGCCUGGGCCCAGCACAGCUGGGGCAGUGAGGAGCUCCCCAGCCCCGUCCUGCAUCCCUUCAGCUUAGCCUUGGGCAGCCUUCCUGGGAGGGAGAAGAGGGAAACAGAAAAGCAGUGCUGGACCUACAUCUGCAGAUUUCUAAGCAGACUAGUGAUCAAGCAAUGCCAAAUUUAGGUUUUUACAGCCUAACUCAAAUUGUUUAUUACACUGGGCUUUUAUUAUGUAGUGAUUUCAUGGUUAAUGUGUCCUGCACAAAAGCAUUCCCUGAGUCUGCCCAUUAGGAAAUUGGCCUUUAAAAAAUUCAUUUUAAAUUCCUUUGUGGAUUUUACUGGAACUAAACACUGCUACUAAACCAAUCAGAGUGCAAUUGCUAUACUUAUGAAUUCCAGGAUAGGUUUCAAGAUAAAAUGACUUGGUGGUUUUUAUUUUUCAGUAAUUUUGGGAGCUAAAUCUUUUCUCUAAUACCAGGCUUAACUGCUCAACAGUGUAAUACUGGAUUUGGCUGAUGGUGAUUUUGGAGAUCAGUGUGGAGAAUGAAUGAAGUGGCCUGUUCUGAUUAGUCACAACUUUGAUGCUUAAGUACAGAUUUGACUUUUGAAAAGCUCUAACAGUUUAUUUGUUUACUUCAUAUUCACUACAGCUGGCCCAAUACAGAGGCAGUAAAAAGGUAAAUAGGUUUUGAAUGCGGUAUUACACAAAGAAGAACAAGUUCAGUAUCAUAAGGAAGUGUAGCUCUAAUGAAGUUAAUAAUUACUACAUUAGACAUCAGAUAAUGAAAUUUUAUCUGAAUUCUUCAGAUUUAUCCUUGAUUUAUCAGAAAGUAGAAGUCCAGGUGCAUAGCUUUUUAGGAACUGUCUCCAGCAUGAGUGACAGAUCAUGUAGUUCCGUCUUCAUUUCUUCAACAUCCUGUAAUGCUUUGGCAUGUGCUGCUUGUCUUUUGGGAGCAAAGAAAUCCCAAUAAGACUGUUAAAAAAUUAGGAUGAGCAAGCAGGACAUCACAGUAAAAGUAAUAAUAAUAGUUAAAAACCCACAUCAGUUUGAAGAAAACGGAUUCUCCCCAGUCUAGCAUCAUGCUAGUAUUUUGUCAGUUUUUUUUCCUUUUAGUGGGAGUGCUCUGAAUUUCAAGAAUUAUUACCCUACUUUUUAAAAAAGUGUUUCUAUAAUUUGCUGAAUACAUUUCAGGUUCAAAACCUGAGUUUUUGCUAACAAGCAGAUUUUGUCUUAAAUAAAUAGAUGCAGGUUUAAGGAUGAAAGUAGAUAGACUGUUAGCUAGGCAUUUUGCUACAUUUACUAAAACAUGAAACAAUAAGGGAAAUUUUUAAGCAAAUAUGGAUUAAAGCUCUAAUAUCUAGACGACAGUCAUGAGGAAUUCUAAGUUAAGCUUUUGUGCCACUGACUUGCAGAGAUGCUUCCGUUUCUUGCCUUGAUAAUGAUUUUGUAGAGCAAAUAUUUAAAAUAAAGAUGUAGAUAUAUAUCUGAACACAGUUUAAUUCCACAGUAAAAGCUCUGUCCCUUUAAUAAAGUGAAAAGCACACACAUAACAAAUACUCUGAUGCACAGCACCUCCACUUGUGUACAAGCACCAGCAUGUGCAUGAUGCCACACAGAAGAGAUGGGAAUGUUCUGCACAAGUGAACAAAUCAGUCUGAACUAGAGUUGGAGCAGGACAAACAUAUUUUAGGGUUUUUUUUCUACCUUAUAUGCCUUUAAAAUAUACCAUUUUCUAUACUCUAUAUAUUCUGAAAAUGUACAUGAAAAUAAAGUUAAAACAAAUUCUUGUACUGUAUUAGCAAACUCAAUACAUUAGCAGUCUGACCUUGUGUUUAAGCUUGGGAUAUAUUUACAUGAUGUUGGAUGAGAAAUAGUUGAGUUUUUGUGUGAACAGGUAAAAUUAAAUUCUUCCUGCCUGUAGUAGAACCAGAAGCUGAUUAUUUCGUCCUUUGUUGAAAGGGUAAGCAGAGAAAAAAAUUAGUGUGUUGAACUUUUAAGUGUAUGGUGUCAAGAGAACAUCUUGAGUAAUGCAAGGUCCACUGAUGCUCUGAGGAGUUAUUACCUAUAAGGGUUUUUUUUAAAUGUUCCAUAAUUUGCAGAAACAGUCAUAUAUUUUAAGAUGAGGUUCAGUGUAUGUGCAAAUAAUGUGAGAAACAAGCCAGUGACUUCUGUAUCUGCUCCGGUCCAAGCUUUGAUUGUGCAAAUCACACAGCACACUUGGGUUUGUACAGAUCCAUUCAAAACACUCCCCCAACUUCACAUAAAUAAUUUCCAAAAACCCCAUGAAACUUCUCCUUUGUAAUCAUAAUGAAUAAAAGGAAAAAGUUCCAAUUAUUAAAAUAUUCACUAUCAGCCAUGAAACUACCUUUAUGCUUUUCACCCAGCAAGUAAACAUCUGCAGCACAGGAAACAAUCUUGAAAAAACAAUCUAUAAUAUUUAUGUCAAGAUAAUUUGUUUUUUAAAAUGUUUGUUUUUACUUAUGUAUUCUGUUCAGAACAAGAGAUGGGCAUUACUUUGCUAUACUGUAUCUUUGAAAAGUAUUGUAGGUGAUAGAAUCUGUGCUGCUUAGUCAUUAACUAGUUUUUUACCCCAGCUACAUCAA